AUGUGUGAAGAUGACGAACCGAAAUCAGUGACUUCAUUGGUUCUUGUAUGUAUCGGUGAGUUUUUUUUAAGUGAUCACUUAAGAAACUUAAAAUUAGCAAUUGUUCUAGAAUGACCAUUAAUCAUUAAGUUUUUGAUAUUUGCUUCAGUGAACCCUUGAGUUUGCGUCAUUUGUAUUGGAAAUGAUCACUUAAGGGAAGCAGGGCUUCUUAAUGCGAAAUAUUCUUUAUUUUCGAAAUUUCAGUUUUAAAAAGGCUUACAUCAAACUACAAGGUACAUUUAAUGACCCCUAGGAUUUAAAUAUUAAAAAAAUGAAGUGGCCACUUAAGGGAGGAAUUUCCCAAGUGGUCGCUAUAGAGAUACGCCACUGUUCGUUAAGCAUCGAAUUUUAAAUUACUUCCCCAUUUCAAGGCUUAGAGAAAGCUCAAUCGACCACUUGAGCUAACAAUCCAUCAAUGAGUUUCAUUCAGGCUCUGCAAUAUCAAUAAUAUCGAUCGUCAAUAAUGUCACAUUAUUUAUUUCCCUUCUCAAAAGCAGCCGAUGUUUCCAGUGCUAUUUCCAGGUUUCUUUUCUAUUUUUCUCAAUGGCAAAAAUGAAGAAGGUUUCGAACCAGUGACCUUUUGAUCCGCAGUCAAGACUCUAACCAACUGCUCCACAAAAGAAAUGUUUUAGUUCAUCUUGGCCAUGUGCUUUUUCGACAUUGUCGUGUCGGUUUUCUACAUGCCUGUGAUUUUGGUCGAUUCAUUAAAGGUGGGUGUACAAAAAUGGCAAAAAUGGACAGGGGAUUGAACCUGUGACCCUUUUGCCCACAAGUUAGAGUCUAACCAGUUGAACUAUCCGGUAUAUUUAAGGAUUGGACGAAAUGGAUCGAAUUGGCAAGAGCUUGGUGGCCAUAUUUUGUUUAUGGAUUGACGAUCACGCACGUUUCGAUGACUACUGCUAGGUAUUAUUUCUUUUAGAUUACUGUAGCUUUUUAAAGAAGUUUUGUACGCAAUGAAAGUUCUAGUUUUACAGAUAGACAAUGCUUUAUACUGCCAGGUGUUUUUUUUUCGGAUUACUGUAGCUUUUUGAAGGAGUUUUGUACGCAUAAACUUUUUAUUUUAAUAGAUAGGCAUUACUUUAUCAACUUAUGUUUAUUAUAAGAGAAGAGCGAAAUUAUUUUAUAAAAUUGGUUACGGUAGCUUAUGAAGCGAGUUUCGCACGCAAUAAAAAGCAUUUUUCCUCGAAAUAUCAAAAAUCUAUCUACUGUAGUACGCGGAGCUCCUGUAUUUCUCUUGAAAUGGAUUACGGUAGUUUUCGAAAAGAGUUUUGUACGCAACAAGAUUCUUAGGGGUCUGAUUUAUAAGCCUCUGAAGCUUGAGUGACCCCUAUAGUAAUUUUUCAAUUUUUUUUGUCAAGACGAAAUUCCAGAGAACUAAAUAUAACCGAUUAUUAUAAAGAACCAACUUUUAGCCUUUCCAUGACCAAAUAUUUUUGGUCUCCCAGUAAAACCGAACACCAAAAGCCUCAGUCAAAGGAACCGGUGGAGCUUGAGGGGACAAAGACGUUUAAUCUCUGAUUUUCCAUUAGGAAAAGAAGAGAGAAGUUCCUGUGUAGUCUUAUUAUAAUGAUUCAGUCCGAAAUGUUUUUGGUAUGAACAUUGGAAGGCCAAAAAGGUGGUUCUUUGUGAGAAUUGGCUAUUUUUGGAGCCCUGAGGGGUGAGGAAAAAAUAUGAAAUAUAGUGAUUUUGAAACGGAAAAAAAGAGUUAAAAAUCAAAAGUUGUGGGGUUGUUUCAAAAUUCAGAAUACUUCGAAGGGCGUAUUGGGAAAUGUUAAAGAGAGUUUGGAAUCGACUUUUCGAUUUUUCGAAAAUAUGUGACUUCAAAAAAAAGAUCGUGAUAUCUUAACAGCUUAAAUUCAAUGUUUUCCCAUGCAUUCGCGCGCAAGUCGUCUCAGGUCGGGCGAUCUUUGAAUUUUCAUAAAAUUGCGACAAAAAACGGUGACAAGUCACAUAGGAAUGAUGUAUGAGAAAUAAAUUUCAUCUUUGGCAAAAUGAUUCAAGAAAAAAAACAAAAAAAGGGGAAAGCUGACUUUGCUGCGCCCUCUGAUCUCUUACAUACCUCAAAUAUUGUUUAAAUGUUUCUCUGACGUCACCGGUGAGGGAUAGGAGUGCGCAGACAGGUCAGACAGUAACAAGUCGAGACGAAUGAAGUUUAUAACUUUUUUCAGCUUCAUCCUCGUCGCGGCCGCCUAUGAAAGAUACUUGAUUACGGUGCACAGUAAUUCUCAGAAACCGUUUCAAGCCCAAAGAGGCCUCGCCUGUGUUGGUAAGUCGCAACACUUGGACAUGUCUCACUUCUCUGCGCCCUCUUUUCUCUCGUAUUCUCACUGUGAGAGAAAAGAGAGCACAGACAUGUCAGACUUCUUCAAGUCGGGAUGAUUUUUGAAAUUGGAAGAUUUUCAGCCUGCCUUGCACUGGGAAUCCUGACCAAAGGCGGUAUUUUAUUAGAGUUGGACGUUUAUCCGAAUCCAGAUCCGAGUUGUGUGGUGAGUUUUGAAACUUCUAGAAAGUUUUGGUCGCAUUUGGAAUGGCUCGAAGCGUAAGUAGCUUCAGGUCGGGUGCAUUUUGAAGUUCAGGGAUUUCUUGUUAUUUCUAGGAAAACUUGAGUUUCAAACAAAAUUUCAUGGUUUUCCAUGGUUUUCCAUACUCAAGUAAACCAUGAAAUUUUGUUUUUAGUUCAAAAUCUAGAUUAAAUUUGGGAUUAAAUUUGUAAUUUCUUGAUUAUUAGGAGCUCCUAGUUGAACUUUUGAACCUUUGAAAAAAUUUUAAAAUUUUUUUUUGGCGUAAAAAUUCAAUUGAAAAUCCGUAUAGUAUACCAGUCAAACUGCUAGAAUAAAAAGACGCCAUGAAAAUUCGGUUUUAAUUCAAUUUUCCCGAGCUUCCAACUACUAUAGCAGGAACAAAAAGGGGAUGUUUUUCAGGGCCCAAUAGACUUUUUUAUCGUCUGAAAUGGAAUUUUUGAUGGAAUUUGGAAGAAGAAGCUGUUUUUUUUUUUGAGGCUUGGAUAAGAUGGAAAUAAGGGCUCAGGGUGAUUUGAAAAAACUCUCGUUAUCGAAAAUUUUGUUCUUUUAUCAAUGGAGCGCACUGAGCAUGAAAAAAUAGCUGUGAAAUUUUUUUUUUGAGACCGCGAUAAGGUUUUCUAAUAGAUGGAAGUGAGGGCUUGCAGUGGUUCAAAAAAAAUCUCAAGUUAUCGAAAACUGUGUAUUUUUAUCAACGGAGCGCACUAAGCAUGAAAAAUAGCUGUGAAAGUUUUUUUUUUUUGACGAGGAAGUUUUUCAGUCGAUUAAUGUCAUUUUUAGGAGUUAUUAGGCUCAUUUAACGUCCCUAAAAGUCCCCAAAACCAUUUCUCGAAACCUUUUUUGAAUUUCCAGGGGACUGUCCAAGAAGUCUACGUCGAUAUGACCAACAUCACACAAUCGGUGGCCUACGGAACUGUUUAUCGGUUCUGGAUUCGGAAUAUCGUCACGAUUUUCCUACCAUUCGCUAUUCUUACUGUAAUUAACGUGAAGACCCUGUUGGCUCUGAAAACGCAAAUGAGAAAGGCCAAAAUGAUGACGUCACCCAGGAGACGGUUCUCGAUCCAUGCGAGGAGCAAGGUUGGUGCUUUUUUUUGAGUACAGUAACCUGAAAUGAUGUCAUAGGAAGCUACAGUAGGCUCUACAGUAACCUAGGGAAAAGAACCUACAGUAGGCACUACAGCAAGCUGGGGAAAAGACCCUACAGUGAGCUCUACAGAAAGCCAUGGAUAAGUCCCUACAGUAGGCUCUACAGCAAGCUAGUGUAAAGAGCCAAAAGCAGGCUCUACAGUAAUCUGAUGUGAAGAAUCUACAGUAGGCUUUACAGCAACUUAGAGAAAAGAACCUACAGUAAGAUAGGGGAGGGAACCUACAGUACGCUUUACAGUCAGCUAAGAAAAAAGCCUAUAGUAGGCUCUACAGUAAGCUGGGAAAAAGAACCUACAGUAGGCUCUAAAAUAAGCUAGGGAAAAGAGCUUACCGUAUGCUCUACAGUAAGCUAGGAGAAAGAAGAUUAUGAUGAGUAUUGUAGUUCUGAAGGCUUUGAUGCAGUAUCCCAAGAGGUAAGCAUCAAAAGCUACAGUAAUCUCUACAGUAAGGCCUUCCAAAAUUCUAUUCGAGAUUAUAAUUUGACUGUAAUUUAAAAAAAACUAUGUCAUUUUUCGAGUCCACUGUUCUUAUACCAUCCCAAAAAGUUCAGUAACGCUCUACAGUACACUUUUCCAGUCAAACGUCCGGAGAGCCACCUGGACCCUCCUUCUCGUCUGUUUUGUGUAUCUUUGCUCCAACGCACUAAAUGUGGUCAUAACUGCCUGGGAAUUUAUCGAUAUUCAGUCUCUUCAAGAAUCGUGGGUUUUUAUGGACCUUACUUGACUUUGAACUAUCUGACCUGUCUGAAACCUCUUGUCUCUCGUUUAUGGUCAUUUUAGUUAGAGAAAAGAGAGCGCAGACAGGUCAUACUGUAUAUUUUUCAUUUGACCUGUCUGCGCCCUCUUUUCUCUCCUUUCUGAUCACAUCACUUAGAGAAAAGAGAGUGCAGACAGGUCAUACUGUGUAUUUUUUGUUUGACCUGUCUGCGCCCUCUUUUCUCUCUUUCAUGAUCACACCAGUUAGAGAAAAGAGGGCGCAGACAGGUCAGAGACCUCCGAAAGUCUUGACGAACUCAUCACUUUUCUAAAAUAAGACGAAAAAGAUUAUUGAUUGAUUAUUUCCAGGUUCAUGCCGGAAUACAUGCUGGCGACGGAUUUCUCAUCAGUUCUCGUAGUACUCGCCUGCGCCUUGAGAAUGCCGAUUUAUAUGGUAAGUUUGACCUCCUGGUCGCACUUGGAAUGGCUCAGAGAUAACGCAAACCGCUUUGAGUCGGUUGCAAGUCUUCCCAAGUGCUUCAAACUGAGUUGAAAAUCAGCGUUUAACAGCCAUUUUUCAGCUUUGCAACCCAGAACUUCGGCAUCUGGUCAUGAAAUCAUUUGCUUAUCGGCCCGAGCAACAAGUUAAAAUACAGCAAUCUUUUUCGCUUAUUGCCAAAUUAAUUGUUUAA